AUGUACAAUGAUCCACAAAUGGGUGACAAGAAGUUUGAACUUGCACGAAAUGACGAUAGAGUAAAUACACACAACAGGUACAUACUACAACUUUGGAGAGAAAACAUUGAUUGGCAACCCGUUCUCUCUAGACAUGCAAUAAUUAAAUACAUUGCAAAGUAUGUAGCAAAAUUAGAGAAAAGUUCUGAAACAUACAAACAGAUGUUACUACGGUUGGCAAAUAUUGCAAACCCAGAUGAUUCUGCAACAAAGGCUUAUCGAAAACCACUAACUGAAACAAUAAUUGAGAGAGACAUUGGAGCACAAGAAAUGAGCCACAUGCUAUUGGAAUUGCCAUUGGUAGAAAGUAGCAGAAUAUUUAUUAAUCUGAAUGUCUCCACUAAAGUUUUCAAGCGCAUUGUAGAAAAUGUUGAAAAAAAUGAUGAUGAACAGACAGUCUCAUUCAUAGAUGCAUAUCGAAACAGGUCAUUUUCUAUGGAAGCAAUAUCAUUGAUUGAUGCAUCAAAAUCAUGGAUAUACAAUCCGAAAAGAAAAAGUGAGAACAAAUGGAAUGCAAGGAAAAGAGCAACUAUUGUCAGAGUAUUCCCUAGGUUCAUGUCCAUUCCCACACGUGGAUCGAAGAAAUGGUUCACAUUUUGUUUUUCAGAAUUGCUAGUAUACAAACCUUUUUGCAACAUUGAAAGGGACAUUGGGAAUAAUAAUGAUACAAUACAAACAAAUUGGGAUAACUUCAAUUACAAUCAAUGGCACAUGCAACGGACAAUAGAAACCGAGAAUUAUGACAACAUUGAACUUUCAGAAACUGAAGAAAAUGAUACUAGGCAAGAAGAAACAAUAGAAAACGAGUGGGAGAUAAUAUCUAGGCUUCAUUGUGGCCAAUUAAUGCAAACUUCAGAGUUUGAAAUGCUCAGCAGGAGGGACUUAGAUAAAGAUACAAAUUGGUCCACUGAUUAUGAAGGUGAAGAAUAUACUGACAAUGCCAUGAAUUUCAUUGCCACCGUCAAAACUAUUGGUUCUCUCAUCCAUGAUGAUAUACCACAGAUUGUCAACUAUCACAACCUCAGCAAUAAACAGGAAUAG